CUUACUGUCAAUAUUAAUAAAUUGUUAUGGAAGAAGAUUUAUUUAAUAUACCUUUGUCAGACGUAAAGCGUGAACUUCGUCGAGGUAUCAUUGAGUGUCAGAAACGAAGCCUAACUCAGAGCGCCAAGUGGUUAGCUGAAAUGAGCCAUGGUCUUGGGGACGUUGAUUGCGAGGGAGCUGGUACAAGCAGUUGCAGUCAAAAUGUGAUGUCGGAGUCUGGAGAAUCUUGCCAGUUUUUGGAAGGAAUCGCGCUGACUGAAUAUGAUAAUUAUUUUCUUGCCAAAAGUUACUUUGAUGUUCGUGAAUAUGAUCGAGCGGCAUACUUUGUGCGUAAUUGCGAAUCUUCCGUACCACGUUUUCUUCAUUUGUAUGCAACGUAUAUGUCAAGGGAAAAGCGACGCUUGGAUUCUACAACGGAUCGUUCGAAUUUAAAUGAUACAGGUCACGUGCGUGAAUUGACUGAAUUGCUGGCGAUCCUCCGUUCUCAAUAUUCGCAUGGACUACUGGAUGGCUAUGGAAUAUACCUAUAUGGAGUUGUAUUAAAGGCCGUAAAUCUCAAUAAAGGAGCAAUACAAAUGUUCAUACAUGCGAUCCGAUUGGCACCAAUGUUAUGGGCCGCUUAUGUUGAAUUGGCUCCGCUCAUAAUGGAAAAGGAUAAAAUGUUACCACUAAAUUUUGGUGGUCAUUGGAUGCGACAUUUUUUUGUUGCGCAUAGCUACAUUGAGAUGUAUCUGAAUGAUGAAGGCCUAAAGGCGUACGAAGACCUUCAACAUGCAGGAUUUCGUAAAUGCGUGUAUGUGACUUCGCAAAUGGCUUUGGCUUAUCACAACAAAAGAGAUGUCGAUAGAGCUAUUGAAAUUUUUCAAACGCUACAAGAAGUUGAUCCCUAUCGCUUAGAGAACAUAGACACGUACUCGAAUUUGUUAUUUGUAAAGGAGCUGAAGACUGAGAUGGCGCAAUUGGCUCAUAAGGCAGUCAGCAUUAAUAAAUAUUGUCCAGAGACAUGCUGUGUAGUUGGUAAUUACUACAGCAUACGCUCAGACCAUCAAAUGGCCAUAGUUUAUUUUCAACGAGCUUUAAAAUUAAAUCCAAAAUAUUUAUCGGCGUGGACAUUGAUGGGCCAUGAAUUUAUGGAGUUAAAAAAUACAAAUGCUGCAAUACAAAGUUAUCGUAAGGCAGUCGAAGUAAAUAAACGGGACUACCGCGCCUGGUAUGGCUUAGGUCAAUCGUAUGAAAUACUUAAAAUGCAUUAUUAUAGCUUAUACUACUUCAAAAUUGCGCAUCAACUGCGUCCGUAUGACAGCCGGAUGUUGGUUGCGUUAGGAGAAACGUAUGAAAAAUUGGAAAAGUUCGAUAAUGCUAUUAAGUGUUAUUGGAAAGCCUGCGAUGUCGGGGAUAUUGAAGCUGUUUCUAUGUGCAAAUUAGCUGGCUUAUAUGAAAAGAGGGGAGAAUACGAGGACGCUGUUCAGUGUUACAUAAUGUAUUGCGAUGACGAGCGGGCUGCGACGGACAAACAAAGUUUAUACCAUGGAUUUAUGACGUUAGCAAAUUACUAUGAGAGCAAAGGACAGUUUGAUAAAGCAUCACACUAUGCUUACAAAUGUCUUGAAUCAGACGAGCGGAAAUCCGAGGCCAAAGCUCUACUUAAAACCAUUGAAAAUAAACGUAGUGGGAAAGUCGCAACUAGUGAGGGUGAAGCUAACAGUUCCACGAAUGCGAACGUAAUAGCAGCGGACACCUCAUCAGACGAUGAUAUGGAAAUGGAAUUGAGUGAUUAUAAGUAUCUGUGUAGUGACUAUGUGUUAUCCUGCCAAUCCGAUUUCAAAGAGUCAAAAAAAACGCCCGCAGCUACUGGCUAUAGCACUACAAAUUCACAUUUGAUAUCAACAGCGGCGGAUAUGAGUUUGAAUGAAAGUGAGAUGGCUGCUUCCAGCAGCACAAAUGAGAUCUGUCCAAGUACUAGUACGGCUGCGACGUUUGCUAUAGGGCAGCAAACAGAAAAACCCAUCGAAGCGAGGGAUUCAGAAAGCAACGACGACGAGCAGAAUUCAAUGGAAAUUUCGUCUAUUUCUAUAGAUUGAACGUAAGAAGUAUAAUAUGCUGAGUAAACGUUUUUGCACAAGUCAGCAUAAUUUGGGCCAUCAUCUCAUUCCUAAACCUGUAAUACAUUUAGGAUAAAUUUUUUGCUAGAUAAAGGAUCAUUUUCAUAUUUCAACCUGCUUACAAAGUUAGGUUAGCUUGUAAUUUUAAAGAUAUGCUUUUAGGUUAUUAUGUAUGAUCUUUGUUCAAUAAGUUAGCUUUGAUCGGAUUUUGUAAGAGUAUGUCGAAAAUAUAUGUAUGAGGAGUACAAA